AUGCUGGUGAAACAGUGGAGCAGGGCUGUUUGGUUUGGAAGCGGGAAGGCUUUCUGGAUCAUGCACAAAGAAAUAACUGCUGUUGAUAAAUGGUUGGAGGACAUUCUCUAUGGCUGCCUGUCAAAAGAAACGACCAAGGAAGGUGUGGGAACUCUAUUUCAAAUAUGUUGGGGUAUCUGGAAAGCAAGGAACAAUUACGUGUUCGAAAAAAAGAACCCAAAGCCAGAAGAGGUAAUAGAACGUACAAAGAAGGAUGUGGUUGAUUAUCUUCAAGCAGUGUGUAGAAAAGUCCAGCGCCUACCUGCUGGUGCUGCUCGGUUGGGAAGGUGGGUAGCCCCUCCCCCUUCCAUUCUGAAAAUCAAUUGCGACGGAGCAUUUAAAUCUCCCCGCAGCUUAGCUGCCUUUGGCAUCAUCGUCAGAGAUAAUGGCGGAUCGGCUCAAUUGUGGCGUUGUGGAAGAGUUUUGGUAUACUCGGCCUUGGCCAUUGAAGCUUGGGCUUUUGCGUAUAGCUUGUAUAGUGGCAAAGGAGCAAAAUCUCCAGGAAGAAAUAUUUGA